AUUUAUCUUCUGGUAAUUAGGAGUUUGAUGAAAACACUGGAGGAGUUCCAAAUAGCCUAGGAAAAUUUUCAAACAAUCGUCAAUAGUACCAGCGUGUUUUGGGAUGUAAACUGUAAAUUAAAGAAAAAUAAUGUCUGGAACUAACCACAUAGGAGUGCAUUUAUUGGCAGGAGGUGUUGGCGGUACUGUUGGUGCCAUAGCAACCUGUCCAUUGGAAGUUGUGAAAACACGUCUCCAGUCCUCAGUGGCACAGUUCCAUCCUGCCUACAUACAGUCGCACACCACCACAUACGUCCCUAAUGUACAACUAUACACAACUGCUGGCACUGUCUCGGCAGACACUCAGUUGUUACAGAACGGUUAUCACCAUACAAAAUCACAUGUUAGUCUUUUGAAAUGUUUAAAACACAUAGUCCAAACAGAAGGUGUAAACGGGUUAUUCAAAGGACUAGGUCCAAACUUAAUUGGUGUAGCGCCCUCUAGGGCAAUAUAUUUUUUCUCCUAUGCCAACAUGAAGAAUUAUUUAAAUACAGUGAUGAACCCAGAAACUCCUCUAGUCCAUAUUGGCUCAGCAGUAACUGCAGGUUUCACUGCAUGUACUCUUACCAACCCUAUCUGGUUCGUCAAAACAAGACUUCAACUAGAUUCAAAGAAGGACAACAGUUUAACAUGCAGACAAUGUGUCAAAAACAUUUACCAGACUGAAGGUGUGAAAGCAUUUUACCGUGGAAUUACUGCUUCAUAUUUUGGUGUAACCGAGACAGUUAUUCAUUUUGUGAUAUAUGAAGCGUUAAAGGCUCGAAUGUUGGAGAAUUAUGGAUCACAGGAUAGUCGUUCUGCUACAGAUUUUCUCCGUUUCAUGGCUGCUGGUGCUAUUUCGAAGACGUGUGCCACAUGUGUGGCUUACCCUCAUGAAGUGGUAAGAACGAGACUUCGUGAGGAAGGUUCAAAGUACAAAUCAUUCUUUCAGACUCUUAUGACUGUAGGUAAAGAGGAAGGAUUCCGUGGACUGUAUCGUGGAUUAGGUACACAGCUGAUUAGACAGAUACCCAACACAGCAUUAAUGAUGUCAACGUAUGAACUCGUCGUCCACUUGUUUUCUAAUAAUGACAGUUAUGAUGAUGAUGAUUAUGAGUAAUAAUUGACAUGAAUGUAGUAUUUUAAUAUGACUGAAUGGGCUGUGAUACUGUGUAGAAUAGUGCAUGGAAAAGUUUAGGGAAGUGUGACAAUGUCCUUGAAAUACAGGACAGGUUUAAAUGACUUAAGUUAGAGAUGUGAGAUGCUGUGUAGAUGUUGAGAUGAAUAUCAUUACUUUUUCAUAUGCCAUCAAAUUUUAAACAUACUUAUGGUGUUUAACCAUCUUUGAUGUUUAAGGAAUAAGGUGCAGAUGUUGAGGAUGAAUAUCAUUACUUUUUCAUAUGCCAUAAAAAAAAAAUAAACAUAAUAAUGGUGUUUUACCACCUUUGAAUUGUGUUCUGAUGUGAAUUGCUGCUUGUUGGUAAAUGGGAAAAAGAUGGAUGAAUGAAGAGAGAAUGUUAUAAGCUAGAAAUAGAUGGAUGAAAGAUGUCAAUAGAGAAAGAGAAAAAGCGUUGGUGUUGAAUGGAUCAUGUGUACUUUUUGUUUAUGUGUUAAUCAUUAUAUAAGUUAUAGGGCAUUUAUGAUUAGGACCUUUAUGCCUCUAAGGAGCUUGUUUUCAAUCCAUUAUGUUGUAGCUGUAUAUUACAUGGUUUGGGUUAUAACUGUAGAACUUUGUUUUCAUUGAGAUAGAUCAUUAACUAUAUGUAAUGAGUUCUUAUAUUAUUAUUUUUUUCUAUUGAUAGUUAUAUACAUACCAGUUUUUUCAUCUUUUUUCCACAAUUUGUUGUCACAAAGAAAAAUUUAAAUAUAACCCCAAAAAUGCUGAAAGCGCAAAAAAAAAGAAGAUUGAGACACUUGCAUUGUUGUUAGAAAGUAACACUGCAAUGAAGUUAUAUAUAAUGUUUAAAGUUUGUUUUUUAAUUGAAUAAUGUAGAAGUUAAUCAGAUGUAAAAGUUUUUUGGUUUUAUUUGUAAUAUUUGCAAGAACUUUUGUUUGUUACCUGUUCUUUUCUCAUUCUCAUUUUCCUCAUCUGUUAUUUUCACCACUCCCGUAUUAUUUAUUGAAUUCAUAUCUUUCUAUCCUAGCUCUGGCCUUAUUAAUGUGUUGCCACAUUGAAUUGACUAUUUAUUACCAAGAACACUUACAAUGACUUAUAUGUUAAGGGAAAACAUGGUAAAGAUUGCAUUCUUGUAGAAGACUUUUAACUACUUCUGAGAGAGAUUAAGGGAAAAAAACUGCUAAAAACACAACCUUUAAACAUCCUAUGAACAUCAAUUACACUACAUUGUGCAAACAACAGUUAUACAAGUGGGAGGUUUAGCUAGCUAUAAAGCUGGCUUAACCCACCAUUUUCCUCAUAAGGAAAUGCCUGUACCAAGUCAGGAAUAUGGUAGUUGUUUUUCAAAUGUUCUGAUUAUGGAUAGCCUUUGAAUUUGCCUUGGCGUUGGGUAUUUUUUAUACUUUUUUCUAUUCAUUUACUAAGAUAUUCAAAAUGACAGAGUCAUUUGUAUGUGCAUAAUCAUUCCCGUCAUGAAAAUUACAUACAUGUAAAGUAUGCAUGGUGCAUGAAUCGUGUUACUGUCCUAAAAUAUGAAGUAUGUAAUUGGUGAAGUUAUAUUUAAAAUGAAAGGUACCCCCCUUUUUUCAAUCAUUAUCACAUCUCCAAUUCAUAGUUGUGCUUUCCCAUACUGCUUAAUACAAUGUUAAACUUCUAGUCCCCAAUUAUAUAUGAAUGCAAUCUUUACUCUCCAGUGCUCAAAACACUUUGAUUAGAAUUUUAUAUCAUAACAAAAGACUUAAGUGCUAGAAGGUCACACAAUUUAAACGAAUUGUCAAAGAAAUAAAAAAAUGUUUGUCUUUUUCAUACACUUUAUAUUUCUUUAUUUUGUUUGAAAUCACUAAAUGCAUUAAAGUUCAAUCAUUCACCAGGCUAACGUAAAGAAGAAGUUAAAACUAGAAAUAAUAAGAAGAGUAAAACAAGUAAAGGUCAUUAGUCGAAUGAAAAUAUCAAAAUUGAGUUUAGGUGAAAUGUUAGUUCUUUUAACCUUGUUUAUGUCACAAUGGUUACUUUGAUAAAUUAUUUAAAUGAGAAUGGUUUAUUUAGGAAAAAUACCAUUUUCAAUCGUGUGAGGAAAGGACAUUCCUCUGACAUUUGACAUUAAGCAGAGAUUUCCAGGAGUAUACUUAAAUUAUGUAUAAGGGAGGUAACUACUCCUUAGCAGUUGAACUGAGUGAAUCUCUUGUAAGGGAGAUAACUGCUUUAUAAUGUCUAAUCAAAUGUAGAUUAUGUACAGAUACUUUUGUUUAUGAGAAUGAUUUGUUUCUUGUUAUUAAAAAUAUCUUGAAAUAAAAUAAUGUGAAACUA